UAAUUACACGCUCAAUCUGCCAGCUGGAAGCAAGUGAACGCGUGGGAUGUUGGCUCGGCCGUUUGCCUGCCGCUAUCUGUGCUGUCUUCCUCCGAUUAAGCGAGAAAAAACUGUAUCCAGUUGCGGCUUGUUGGUUUUAUCCGAAGGAGAGUGUAGCCGUUUAGCGGAAGGCGGCCAUAGUGUUCUCACAAACAGUUGUCGUCUCUGUUAUGAUUUGCAUGAAGUUUCGACGUAUUCGUUGCACAGCCACGGCGACGCAACAUUGUAGCUUGCCGAAGAGGAAGACUUUCCGUGGUUGUUAUAUCAGAGUGGUUUCGAAUGUAAAUUAUUGCGCUGAUUGUUUAUUUGUUCGGCACUUUAUUUGGCCGGAAUCCCAUUGAGACUGAUGCCGAUCUAUCCAUGAUCUUUUUCAUCUUUUCGCAGCGCAUCAUUCGUCUUGGCGACUAUUUUUCAGGUUUUGCUCUGCUGCUUCUUUUUGGGGAUUGUUUCCGAUUCAAAGUGUCAUGAACGUUUUGAAUGCUCUUAUCAGCAUAAGCAUUUAAAAUUCAGUCAUUCAUAAAUUAAGUAGCUUAAUACUGUGUGCAUACUAUCGCGGAUUUUAUGCCGAUUCAGUCGCCGCUAUACCAGCAUGCGACUCCAGACAGCAAUUUCCGGCAUCAAUUGCGUUGAUUCAUGCUCACUGUCCUGAACCGUCCCUGACGUUGCGUCAGCAUUUAGCGAGCAGUUUUAAUGUUUUGCUUAAAUAAAUGACAUAAAACUUGUUUUGUGAAGUGCUAUCGACUUAACUGAAAACAGCUACAACUAUCUUUUAGACGUUUUACCAGAGGCUUUUAGUAUAUAAAACCGUGCGUACGGAGGAAGAAGCAGCAAUUAUAUGCGUGCAAAACCCAUUUAGGGCGAAAGUGACGUCAUGUUAAUCGUUCUCGUCUGCGAUUUCCGCUGAUGAUGAACGUCGGAUCGGUCGUAUAUUGGCAAUAAUUACACGGCCACCGUUCCAGAACGCCAGAGUCACGACAAGUGAAGAUAUGCCGAUAGACCAAUACGAACGUUACACCCCAUGCCGGCUCCGGCCGGAGAGUGACCUGACCGAUCGGAAAUGGCACUGGUUUCUGAUCUCAUCGCUAACACUUCCCAUUUUGUGCGGCGUACCAACACUGAUAUGGAGUAUUAUACAGCGUCACCGCAAAACACAAGGCGAAAGAUCGGAAAUUACCAUGCAACGACGACAAGCCGGGUGGCAGACCAAGCUCAAUAUGGCGGUCAGCCAGAUUGUGUCGGACCAAACAGCCUCUGGCCAGUCACUGAAACUAUUUGGAUUCAUUGUAUCCAUGGGAUCGCUUUGCAUUUACCUGGAGGAGUCGACUUGGAAAUGUGAGGACACUGAGUUAUGCGCUGAUCCAAAUCAUCAUAAAUGGAACGUUUGGUGGCUUGUGGAUCUGAAUUUUAAUACUUAUCUUUUAUUUUACUUCCUUUUACGAUUCUUGGCAACGAGCAAGAAAGCCCGCUUCCUGUUCUUGACAACGACAACGUAUGCAGAUUAUUUCACCAUACCCCACUCAAUUUUAGCCAUGUAUCUGAAGCGAAAUUGGUUCGGGCUGCGUUUUUUGCGUGUGGUUAACCUAGGCUGGGCGAUUGACCUGGCGCAUCGAAAGAGGAUACUUAAGAAUAUCGCGCAAGUUCAACUGGCCCGAUUGGGCGCGGUUAUUUUUGUCUUCAUCAUUUCCGGUGGUGGCUCAUUUCUGAUGCUGGAAUGUGGCGGCGAUCCUUGGAUGCCGGAAAGCGAAGGCGUCAACCAGACAAUCUGGGACUACUGCUACUUCUCCGUGGUGACCAUCUCCACAGUCGGAUAUGGUGACCUAGUGACGAAGACAGUACUGGGGCGGAUUUUCAGCACGUUCUACAUUUUUGUUUGCGUGGUUUACUUGGCCACUCUGAUGUCGUCGGUGGCUCAUUUGAUUCCCGCUCCGCAGCGCUAUCCCGUAGCUGAUCGAAAUUUAAACUACAAUCACGUAAUCGUUUGCGGACACGUUAACUACCAGAUGGCCAUGCAUUUCCUCAAUGACUUCUACGACGAUGCAAAGACCAAAGGAACAGCCAAAAUUCAAGUUGUUUUUCUGCAUCCAGAGGAGCCAAACGAAGCGUUUGUGGUGCUUCUGAAUUCUUACCAAGAGAGCGUGGAAUACAUUAAAGGCUCGCCACUGAACGAUGCGGACCUGGAGCGCGCUCGUGCCAUUAACGCUUGCGCUUGUCUAGUCUUUGCCAAUCUCCGCUCCUCCAAUCCAGAAGAUGACGAUGCCGCCACGGUCCUCAGGGUGCUCUCUAUUAAAAACUUCUGCCCGUUCAUUAAAGUCCAGGUGUCCGUGAUUAAAACCGCCACAUUGAACUUUCUGCGCCGCUACCCUGCUAUUAACCUCAAAAAAGGCGACGUCAUCUUCUGCUUCAAGAACUUAAAGAACGGCCUCAUCGGGAUCAACUGCCGCGUGCCGGGUUCUGCGACCAUCUUAGCCGAUCUGAUUGCGGCACGCACACCGCAAGAAACUUUAUCUGAAUGUGUCCCGGAUUUGUAUGCCUAUGGGCGGAAAAUGAAGCCCUUUAGCAUACCGUUCAGUUCUUCGUUUUGGGGAAUGAGCUUCAAAGAAGGCGCAGCAACAUGUUAUCGGAAGCUAAAAGUCCUCCUUGUCGGCGUGUACGAGACAUUCGAGGAAUCCGGUGAGCAGACAAGCUUCCUCUUCAAUCCCGGUCCGUCAUUCAUAAUUAACGAACGCUGCUGGGGCCAAGUGAUCUGCCGCACGUCACGGGAGGCUGCACGCGUUUCGAUUUAUUGUGACAAGUGUCAUGCGGAUGUCAAUCCGGAGCGGAUACGCAAAUGUCACUGCAAACGCUGGAAACGUAAACAGCCGGUGAGCAUUUCUCAAGCAGUGGAAGUAGUACCGCGGCUAUCCAUUAAAGGCCCCUCGGACCCUGACCACCGUAACUCUUCCUACUCCGAACAACCCAUGGUGCAGCGAUCCGUGCUGGGCACACCGGAACUGACGCGCAGCGCCAUCUCGUUGUCGCAGAACAAACGCUUCUUCGCCGACCGGCGCGAUAGCUACAAGAGCCUGGAACAGACCCAACAGCCCAGCCUUCCAAACGUGCCUCUCAAGUCACUGAGUGAACAAGUGCUGCAGCACGUCAAGCGCAGUAUGUCGUUAGAUGUGUCCAAGAUGGAGCUGCCAGGCACCGCGGAGCAUGCCAUUCAGCGCUUGAAUCGGCCGCAGUUCGACUCUACCGGCAUGUUCUGGUGGUGCCAUCCGCAGCUCAUCAGCGACGUCCUCAUAAAUCUGGAACAAGCGGCUUGCCGGGAAUUUUCCGAUCACAUUCUCAUCUGCAUCCUGGCGUCGGGUCCAUCCAACGUGGCCGGCAUUCACGAUAUCAUAUUACCACUGCGCUCCAGCGUACUUCCCUACGAGGAACUAAAAGAAAUCGUUAUCCUCUGCGAUCCGGAAAUUAUCCGUCCUGAAUGGAAUUUUAUUUGCACCACGCCCAAACUGUGCCUUGUUAAUGGCAAUCCCGCUGUAACUGCCGCCCUGCGUGCCUGCUACAUCGACUACUGCGCCAUGUGUGUCAUGGUGUCGGGCGCGGGACAGCGUGUUACUAGUGACGCCCUGGAAGACCGCGUCUUGGCCGAUCGGGAUGUUAUUGUCACCACGCUCAACGUAAAAUCCAUGGAAUUCCGUGACCGCGUACACACCGGUGGUGAAAUAGACCGAAACGGUCAGGUGUUUCCUUAUGAAACCGGUCUGCAGGUUCCCAUAAUUUCUUCGUUAGAGCAUGAAAAAAGUGUACGAUUUCUGUCACAAGACCGCAACUAUCUGGACUUUCGCUACACUUUUGCCCACAUGUCCGGUUCGGUGGUGGUGUCGACAGCGCUGGAUUCGAUGAUGACGUCGAUGUUUUACAAUCCGGCUCUAGCAAUGUCAUUUACACAACUUAUCUACGGCGGAGAGUCAAGCGAAUUUGAACGGGCCUUUGCCGAGGGCGUGGGUCUCGUGGGAAGCUCCGUUCUUGAGGAUGAUGACCUCAACGAAGCACCCAUGCUAGUGGCACCGCCGCGCAGUUCCCGACGGUUAAAAGUGCAGCUUAAACUGAUGAGCAUGCAGUCCGAACAGUUUGUUAAGCUCGAGGGUCUCACAUACGCGGAUCUCUGGUCCUAUGCUCUGGUCCAUUACGACAUGAUCUGCAUAGGAUUGUACCUGUUAGAGCGAGACACCGAAACCAAGAAGGUGAAAAAGUCCCACCGCGGGAAACGCUAUGUGGCGUCCAAUCCACCCGGUCACAUCCGGAUGAAUGGCUCCGAUUUUAUCUACGUUCUGGCGCCUUCUGUUGUUAUUUAGAUGGAAACUGCAAAUAUGAAUAUUUGCAACUAUUAGUAACACUAUGCAGUUGACAGUCUGAGUUGUUAACGUUGAGGCAGUCUGAGCUGUUUGUAGCAGUCGAAACUGCGACGGUCGGUCAGUGUUAUUUUUGUUGGCUGUUCUUAUACUUUUAAUUGUAUACAGCAAAUAUUUGGACUACCAUUUUGAUUAUUUUUCGCGGCCUUUGCAAUAAGAAAUGCUCAAUAAUUUUAAAGCACCAGAGUAAUUUUAAUAUAAUUAAUCGUUAAUCAAUGCAAUCAAGGAAAACAGUUACC